UUGGCAGAUGAAGCGGAAAGAGCACGUCGUGCGGCUGAAGAGGCUGAACGACGGCGUCGGGAGGAGGAAGAAAGGAGAAGACGUGAGGAGGAGGAGAGAAGGAGACGUCAGGAUGAGGAGGAUCGGAGGAGAAGAGAAGAGGAGGAGAGAAGGCGUCGGGAGGAGGAGGAGAGACGAAAGAAGCCAGACAUCGAUCUCAAAAUCCAAAAGCCCAUCAUCAAUCUGGAGCCAAUUGUCACCUCGACCGGCGAUGAAUGGGAAAUCGUUGAUCCGAUCGGUGAUCGUGCCAAGAUCAGUGAAGUCGAGGACGAGAUGCAGACGUUCGCCGAGGAGACCAUCACCAACACGCAGUUCUACGAGAUGGAAGGCAAUCUGAACAAGAAGACUGGCGAAGUGCUCACGUUCUUCGAGGCCAUCCGACAGGGAAAUCUCACCGCCGCUGGAGAGUUCUUCGAUGUCCCAUCAGCAUCCAUCAUGUCUCUGGAAGAAGCUGCCAAGUAUGGAUUGGUGGAGAAGGAUCUGCCUACAGUACUCAACACUCGUUGGGGAAUUUACCAUCCGGAGACUGGCGCCCCUAUAACGUUGGCUGAAGCUAUCCAAAUUGGACUCUAUGAUUCCAAUAUCCGCCAGUUCAGAGAUAUUCACACUAGAGAGAUUCUAUCUCAAUCUGAACUGAUGUCCAAGAGAAUCGCCAAUAUGGAAACUGUGAUGAAGCUGAUCAAGGAGAAGAUCAUGAAACUGCCACCAACAUCCCUCGCCAACGCUCUUGACAAGGGAAUGCUGAACCCAGCCACUGGAGUCUUCAAGGGAAAACAUACCGAUAUGGAGCUCCAACUCUGGGCGGCCAUCUACCAUGGAUACCUCUCCAUCGAAAAUCCAGAACACCUCACCACCAUCGGAAUCUCUCUCACCGACACCAUCGAGAAUGGAUUCGUGAAUGCGAACAAUGCAGAAUUCGAGGAUCGCAAUUCGAACGACAAAUUCAACUUCAGAGAGGCCGUUUCCAAGAAGAACAAGCUCAUCAACAAUGAUAUUGUUGAAGUCGUCAACACUUCUGAAAACCGACGUGUGUCCCUUGGAGCCGCCUUGGUCCGAAAUGCCAUUGGUGUCAAGGAUGGAAAGUAUACGGAUCUGGCCACGCGGCACACGAUGUCACUCAAGGAAGCUCACCGUGAUGAAUUGAUUGGAAAGGCGCUGACACUUGAAGAGGCUGCCAGAAAGUCGAUUAUCGAUUCUACUGGACACAUUGUGGACAGAGGAAUUCAGGGACAACGAUAUACUCUUCUCGAGGCUAUCGUCGCUGGACUCAUCGACGCUGAAGUUCGUCAUAUCGUGGAUCCAGAGGAGAACGACGUCAUCUCAGUCUCAGAAGCUUUGGAACGAGGACUUCUUCAACCAUCUGGAAAGAUUGUUUUGGAGAAACAGGAGAGGGAGUUCACAAUCGAGGAAGCUGUCCGAGAGGGUCUUCUCACUAAACGUGUCCGUCAUACGAUCUUCAAUGUCCGUGGAAUCCUGAACACCGAAUCCAACCAGAGUCUCUCGUUCAACGAAGCCGUCGAAGCUGGAGUCAUUGUCCCCAACGCGGAGAGAGUUGUCAAUCUUCUCACCCAAGAAUCCUACCUUCUCACCGACAACCGUGCUGCCAACCUCGUCGAUGAGGCGCUCCUUGAGUACCUCACCACUCCAAUCGGCAUCAAGAACGAUCGUGGAGCCUUCGAAUCCAGCUUGAUCCGUGCUGUCUCUAAUGGAAUCGUGGAUCCACAGAAGGGAGUCUUCUUCAACAAGAACACAAAGCAUGAGCUGACUGUCAAGGAGGCUUAUGAGCAAGGAUUGGUCAACCUCCGUGGAGCACUGAAGGUGUUUGGACUCUUCAACGUUCCACCAUCCCUCAUCACUCCAUCCAAGAAGAUCGACCGGAAGAAGAGAAUCAGCCGUCCUGGACAAGGAGGACUCGAAGUCGGAGAGCACCAGGUCAAGGUCACCAUUGCUGAGGCCAUGAAACAAGGACUCAUCGAUUCGAGAACUCAACGAUUCCGUCAAGGAAACAUCAAUCUCUCAUUGGACGAGGCUCUCAGUCAAGGACUCAUCGAUCCAGCUAGCGAAUGGAUUGUGCCAGAUCGUAGCAAAGGAGUCGGACCAACCAUCGAGGAGAAGACUACGGAGACGAUGACGGAGACUGGACAACAGCUUGCUCCAAAGUACUAUCCAGACAAGAACAUCGAGGAGUCGGUGACCACUGUGAAGAGAGUCAGAACUACUGAAACAACUGCUCUCGGAGGACCAGGAGGUGUCUCUGUGUACCGAUCAAUCACUGGAGGAAAGGGAGCCAUCGAGGUGCCAUCCACUGGGUACCAUAUCUAUGAAGCUGAAAGAAAGGGAUUGAUUGAUCUGACCAAUGGAAAGAUCUCAGCUCCGAACGUCGAGAGAGUGCUCAGCUUUGCCGAGGGAAUCGAGUUGGGAAUCAUUGAUGCAUCCACCAUCCAAGUUUCCAACGCUGGAAGAACCAUCUCAGUCAAGGAGGCUUUGGAGAAGAAGGUCAUGGAAUCUGAUGGAUCAGUUGCCGGAAGAAACAUCGAGAAGGCCAUCGAAUCCAAGAUCAUCAUCAUUGAUGCCGAACCCCUGGUCCCUUACAACAACCAAUCCAAGAAUAUCAUUCAAAUCCCACCAGGAAACGGACCAAUCAUCUCCUUCCGUCAAGUUGGACAACCAAUCAUUGAAGAAUCCACUCAAUCCUGGGAGUUCGAUAGCCAACAAGGACUUCUAGUGGACAAUAUGACCGGAGAGAAACUGACUCUCGAGCGAGCCCUAGCCACUGGAAAGCUGGCUCCAGAAGACAUCUCGGUUCGUGACGGACUCACUGGCCGCGAGAUGACGUUUGAGGAGGCUGAGAAGUGGGGAAUCAUCGACUCGAAGAACCGCUAUUUUGUCGACAAGGCUCAGAACAAGCGAAUGAGCUACACGGAAGCUGCCCAGCAACACUACAUGUAUCCAACUGGAGGAGUUCCAGAGAACGCCCACGACGCUGUUCACACCACUGUCAAGGUGCAGACCCGAACUGCUGUCGCCAAGAAGGAGGCGUUGUCUUCCGGACUUCCGCUCUCUGAUAACACUCUUGGAAAGGCUUUGGCUCUGGGAUGGUACGACCAAUCGGCUGGAACAUUCACUCAUCCGGACACUCAGAAGAAGAUGACACUCAAGGAGGCUAUCAUCAAGGGACUCUUUGAUCCAUACGACACUACCAUUGUUGAUAAGAGAUCUGGAAAUGAGAUGUCUCUCCUUGAAGCGAUCCACGAAGGAAUUGUUGAUGACACUGCUGGAACUGUCAAGGACACUCAAACUGGACAAGUCCACAAUCUCUUGGAAGCUGGGAAUCUGGGACUUGUGAAGGGAAAGAACUUCGGAGACACUCUAGAUUCCAGCUUGUUCUCUGGAAGACUCGACCUUGGCACUGGAACCUACACCCGACCAUCUGGAGGUAGCGCCAUGCCAAUCCACGAGGCCAUCAAUCGAAACUACGUUGAUCAGAGCUCAGUAUCAGUUCGGGAUCCAUCCACCGGCCAUCAAUACUCUUACCAAGAAGCCGUCGAAAGAAGAAUCGUCGAUCCAGCAAGUGGAUUGAUCCAUGGAGGAGGCGACUCCACUAGCUUCUCGCAAGCUCUCACCACUGGACACCUAACAUCGUCUGGAUCCGCCGGAAGACCAGCAUCAGGAAAUCAACAACGCCUCGUUGAGCAACGCCUUCAACUCACCCCGUUUGCACCAAGCAAUGGAGGAUCGAGAAGCCGUGAUGGACGUCACGAGAUGGUUGAUCUUGGAGGAGGACAACAAGUUCAAGUCAAAGUCGUUCGUGAUGCCGGAGGUGUUGAGAAGGGAGAGUACACGGAUCCAAAGUCUGGAAUGAAGUUCACAAUUCAAAUGCAUGGAGAUCCAGUGGUGACUGAGACCAAGACCAGUGUCAAGUCCACCUCCCAAGUUCAUUCGGUCGAGUUGGAGCCACAUGCGGAAUUCGUCGGAAUCGACAGAGUCCGUGACAAGCGUAACAACCGUGUCAUGACUUUGGAUGAAGCACGUAAGCUUGGAAUCGCUAAAGUUGACAAGAAGGGAAAGCAGAUGACCAGAACCUACCAAGUAUUCCGAUCCAACAUCCAGAACGCUGUCAACAAUGGAGUCAAGGACUCGCACGAUGAGAAGCUAUCCUUGGAGGAUGCUAUUCGUGCUGGAAUCGUUGAUAUUCGAUCGCUGACCUACCGUCAUCCAAAGGAUGGAGCCAUCGACCUCACCCAAGCUGCCAAUCGUGGACUCAUCGAUGUCACUCUCUCCGAAGUUCUCCCCAAGGGAAUCAUCCAUCCAGGAACUGGAGAGCGAAUUGAUAUCAAGAGAGGAAUCGAUUUGAGAAUCAUUGAUGCCAGAACCGGCGAGGUUCGUGAUCCAAGAUCCAACGAGAGAAUCACCUGGUUGGAUAUCCUCAAGCCAGUCUACCAAGCUAUCGCCACUGAUGGAGUCUUUGAUCCAACGAAAGGACACCAUGUACCAGUGACAUCUGCGCUGAACGAUGGUCUGAUCAAUGCUGGAACUGGAAACUACAAGAAUACCAUCACUGGAGAAGACGUUCCACUCAACGAGGCUGUUGAUAGAGGACUCAUUGAUAGAUCCACCUAUGAGACUAUCACCAAGCCAUUCUUCACUGAUUAUCGAUCGAAUAGAAAGUUGAAUUUGGUUGAAGCCGUCCGUGAGAGACUCAUUGAUCCCAAGAACCGAACCAUUCAACUCUCCCGUCAAUCUAUUGUCCCUAUCGCCAAGGCUGUUCAAGAUGGAAGAAUCCCUCUGGAAAUUGGAGAGAAGCUCCGAAGAGUCGACAAACUCAAUUUCGCCGAAGCCCUUGGAAAGGGACUCAUCGACUCCAAACAGAACAUCUUCACGGAUCCAGACACCGGAAGACAGAUGAGCAUUGCUCAGGCCAUUCAAGAAGGAUUCAUCGACACUGGAAGUGUUCAAGGAAUCGAAGGAAACGAUGAGAGCAACCUCUUCAACGUCCUUCAAUCGUCUGACUUUGAUGAGAACUCUGGAAGAAUCUAUGAUAAAAAAUCUAGUCUCCACCUCACCUUCGCCGACGCCGUCCAUCGUGGUGUCAUUGACGGAGACUCUCUUCUUCAUCUUCAAGCAUCUGGAGACCUCGUAACCCUUCGCGACGCCCUUCACCAGAAUAAGAUUGACUCUAACGGGAAAUUCGUUGAUGGAGGAUCCCGUGUGAAGAUCAGUGAUGCCGUCAAGUCUGGAAGAAUCACAGUGAUCGCCUCGCCAUCAGAAGCCGUUCAAGCGGUGACAGAAGGUGUCAAGCGACGCGACGCCGAGGGAUAUAAAUUCAAGAUUACCGAAUAUGAAGACGCCCAGAAUCAGCAAAGACAAUCGGUGCCCAAAUUCAGAGAGACGGUUACAGUAUCCAAGCUGACUCCACAAUACCAAGAUCCAGGAUUGUCGGUGAGAAUGCGUCAGAGCACAACGUCGAUUGGAGAUCGAGCCAGCAAGUUCAUCGAGGAUCCAUCCCAGCUGGCCGAGAUUCAACAAGACUUCUUGUCAAGCCUUGAAGCCGCCCAAUUCGAUACCGAAGCGAGAGUGAUUGAGAAUCCAAAGACCAACGAGAGAGUAUCAGUGAGAGAAGCGGCGGAGACUGGACUUCUAGAUGUGCAAACUGGAGAGAUCGUGCAUCCAGACAACGGAAGGAGGUACUCGAUUCCAAGAGCUGUGCACAUGAAGCUAGUUGGAGGAGAUGCCGCGAAAAGGCUCAUGGAGCAGUUGAAUGUUCCAGUUGAGGAGAUUGGAUACGCCACUCAGACCAUCACUACGUCCACCCAUCGAUCGUCGAGCCCAGUGUUUGCCACCGCCACUGCUACAAGUCAUCCAGCAGAAGCUUCUGGAACUUCCGGAACCCGAGAAUACACCCGAACCAUCAAUUGGCACGGACAACCAUCAGAACUCAGAAAUUCCAAAACCGACCCCCUCGCUCCUUAUACAUCAGUCACGUCGAACGUCACCGAAGCCACUGAAGACGCUCCAUCAUGGGCCAGACGACAGUAA